UCGUGUCAGUGCAGGGCCGCUCGCCGGGCUCCGCCGGCUCUCACGCCGAGCCGGAGCCGGGAUAUUCGGUGCCCUCCACGGCAGCGCGACUGUGCUCUGGCUCGCCCCAACAUUUCCCACACUUACGAGGGAAAGGGGUGGGGAAGAAAGAUUGCCCAGAGGACACCUCUCUCUUGCAGGACAUGGAGAACAGGCCAAUAGAGACCAAUUCAGAGGUGGACAAGUCAGCAACACCAUCAGUGGCUCAGCUAGCAGGGAAGUUCAAAGAACAAGCAACCAGUAUCGGUGGAAAAGAGGUACCAUCACAUAAGCCAACUCGAAGGAAACCGCCAUGCUCCCUUCCGCUGUAUCCUAAGACUGAGACAAGCCAAAACGAUGAGCAAAAGCCAUCUCCAAACGCUUGCCCUGUGCUCAAGGUCAAGGUGAAAAGCUCCCCGAUGAUUGAAAAGCUUCAGGCCAACCUGGCUUUUGCUCCGGCUGCCCUGCUACCAGGAGCAUCCCCCAAAAGCCCRGGCUUGAAAGUCAUGGUCUCUCCGUUCAGCACGCCGCCCUCCACCCCGACGAGCCCUGGCAUCCAGUCCCAAGCCAGUGAACCCAGAGAGACGCCGGUCAGCUUUGAUCAGCCCCCAGAAGGCACGCAGCUGCAGUUCUACAACAAGGUGCGGACACGGGGAUCAAUAAAGCGCAGACCGCCCUCCAGGAGAUUCAGAAGAUCUCUGUCAGAAUAUGGAGAUGGCGAAGAUUUAGGGAUCAACAUCUCUUCUCCAGAAAAUGGUUCCAAAGAAGAUGGAGAUGAGGUGUUUGGGCCCAAGGGCAAGACAGAAGAGGCAGAAACAGGGAGCAAAGCACCAAAGAAACAGUCAGGAUAUGAUGAGAAGCCUCCAUCAAGGAGAGGAUCCAGCAGGUCAGAAAAUGAAGAAAAAGGGGAAAAACAGGGAGAGGAAAAACAGGGAGAGGAAAUGACUCCUUGCAAGAAUAAUGCAGGGGAUACAGAGAGGAAGGUGAGUUGUGCCUCAGGGGAGGAGAAUGCUUCCCAGCCUCCCUCUGGAGAUAAGGAAGAGAAGGUGUGCAAGGGUUCACAGGGAGAAGAGGAAGACAAUGCCUGUGAACAGGAAAAAGGUGACAAGAAGAAGGAAGAAGUGGAAAAGGAGGAGACCAAUGAGAGCACAGACACACGGGGAACACCAAGCGCUGAAGAAACCCCAUUAGCUCCAGAGACACAACAGGCAGCAGCAGGCUUGGAAACUGCCAGUGAGUCAACACCACCCACACAGGACCAGGACACAGAGCAACUGUGAUGCACAGGACAUACCCUGUCAAGACAGAGGAGACAACACAUGAACAGGAGCCAUCUAGCCCAAUCAAUGCGGAAGCUACUGGAAAACUGUAGUGGGAGAGGAGCAGAAUGCAGAUAUCUUCCGAGGUGAAGAAGCAUCCAAGAACUGAGUGAUCUGUCACUGGUCCUCUGCUCUCACACCAUCAUCUUCUGCUACAAUCAGAGUUAGAGACUGGCUUAUAAUUGCUUCCGAGAUCAAAAUGUAGGUGCUGGAUGACUUUUCUUAGGGGAUAUUCAGGACCUGAGAGACCUGAUACAUGGUGUCCUGGCUGGGCCCAGCAGCCACCACCACUUUUGGGCCUUCUGUUCUUCARUCCUACUGAGCUCCAAAAUGUCAUUUUCUUCUCUCCUGCAUUGAUCUUACAUGAAGUUCAUCGCUGUAGGACCGAUAUAUAUGUGUAUA